AUUUGGCAUAUUUUGAAGAAAUCAUAAUAUUGGUUAUUUGUUAUCACGGUCCGUAUGCAAUAAUUGAUAAGCUCACUAUAACAAUAUUAUUAAUUUAUUGUUGUGUAUUGUGUAAUAAAUUUUCAUUUCAUUCCAACUGUCUAAUAAUUGUGAUAAUAGAUAUUAGAGGUAAUAAAUAAUUAGUAAUAAUUAUUAUGGGCAAUUAAAAUUUAAAAAAAACUACGUUUCAAUAUUUAUAUUUCAUAUCGGUACGACGGUACUUCUACUUCUAACGUCGUAAACCACUAUAUUAUAACACCGCGAAGAUGAAUCCGUUCGAAGGAAUGGAGAUCUCCAACGACUGGCAAACACUGUUCAACAUAAACGAACGGCAACCGUGCCGCAAGUGUUCGAAGUCCAGGAAAUACUUUUGCUACACAUGUUACACUUUAAAUGCCGACAUCGAAAACAAAAUUCCCACGGUUAAGUUGCCGUUCAAAAUCGACAUUAUCAAGCACAGCAGAGAGAUAGCAGGCAAAAGCACUGCGAUACAUGCUGCUCUUUUAGCGCCGAACGAUGUUACUAUUUACAUUUACCCUGACAUGCCCAGGUACACUGAAGACGACAAGGUUAUCCUUGUUUAUCCAGGAAAAUCUGCUGUAACCCUACAAGACUUCUAUUCUUCAAAUAAAAAACAAAAUGAUAGUACAGUAUGUACCAAAAAAAAUACUUCCCACAAGUUCAUGACACAUGCAUUGUUUAUUGAUAGUACUUGGAAUCAAAGUAAUGGAAUUCUGAAGGAUCCAAUAAUAUCAGGACUUCCGUGUAUAAAGCUGCAAAUAAGAUUAUCUCAAUUUUGGAGACAUCAAAAGGGCAGCCCUAGAUGGUUUUUAGCUACUAUUGAAGCUAUCCAUCAACUACUAGUUGAAUUCACAGAAACAGAUAUCGAAGCAAAUGAGCCACCUCAAAAUUAUGAUAAUAUGUUAUUUUUCUUCAGAUUUAUGUAUGAAAAAAUCCACCAACUUUAUGAACAUGAUAAGCUUAAAUCAUAUAGAAGACCUAUGAAUAUAUGAAAUUGUUACUAUAAGAUAAAAAUUAUUAAUUUGUCUAUAAUAUAUUUUUUUUACCUAUUUUAAUAUUGAAGAAAGGUAACUGUAAUUGGUGCUUUAUCAAUUUAAUCCACAUGGCACAUCAUAUUGGCGUUCUGUUUCUGCUUUCGUAUCCUAUGAUAUUUCAGUAGAAUUUUAAAUUAUAAGAAUAGCAAUAUAAA